AUGAUCAAGAACUUCUGGAGCUUGUUUCUGCCCUCGCUAAAUGGGCCCAUCUACUACGGAUAUCCAGUGACGGCCUUUACUGAUCACCAGGCCCUCACAUACCUCCAGCAGCUCAAGGCCUCUAAACUCCUACGCGGCCUUACUGCCCAUUGGCUAGAUUUCCUCGCAGAAUUCCCUGAUCUUACGAUUACUUAUCUGCCAGGAGUACGCAAUCAAGUAGCCGACGCCUGCCACGCUUCUUCAUCCAGCGCUGCCGCCCCGUCCCCAGACACCGACAAGCCCGCGCCAGAUAUAGUCGCGUCCCUGGUACCGGCAACUGACCCGACAGUUACUCCCGCUUGA